AGGCUUCGCUUUUUUUCUUCUCCCGCGGAGCUCGGUGGCUCGGUCGCUUCGCUUGCUCUCUCAGAUAUCUUAUGACAAUCAAUAAUCCAACGUCUUCCUCAAGACGAUGCCCACCUCAGCCUCACCACCGCCCUCCGCCUCCGACAUCAGCGUCGCUGUGUCCGCCACGCGCCGCCAUUCGGACCUCCUUCCUAGACUAACCUCCUCCGACUCCCAUGUUCAGGUCAAGGCUCUCAGGGAGCUCAAGAACCGCAUCAUCGGGAAUCGGACUAAGAAGCUUUUUUUCAUUAAGCUCGGCUUAGUUCCUGCUGUAGCCGAUAUCCUCGGCUCCAAAGCCGAAGCCGUUGUCCGAGACGAUCGUGACUCCGAUCUUCUUAUCCAGUCCGCUGCUGUCAUUGGUAGCUUUGCAUGCGGCUUCGACGCCGGAGUCCAUGCCGUCCUCGAUGCCGGAGUGUUCCCUAGCCUCGUUAGACUCUUAUCUCAUCGUGAUGAGAAGGUUGUGGAUGCCGGGGCUCGAUCUUUGCGAAUGAUAUAUCAAUCAAAGCUUGCACCAAAAUAUGAAUUUAUUCAACAGAAAAACAUGGAGUUUCUUCUUUCGUUAUUGAAUAGUGAGAAUGAAAAUGUAACUGGGCUUGGUGCAAGCAUUAUAAUGCAUUCUUGCAAGACAGUCGCAGAGCAGAAGGCAUUGUGUCAAGCUGGGGUUCUAAAGAAAUUUAUUGGCCUUCUUCAGGGUUCUCUAAGUCAGAGAGAUGCUAGUUUGGAGUCUUUAGCUACUAUUAUAAAAAACAAUGUUGAAGCUGUUUCUGAGUUUGUGGGAUCGGAUAGUGGAAGAUCUUUGAGUUCUGUGAUUGAGUUAACAACGGAUAGGUAUCCUCGGACAAGAUUACUGGCCUCUUUGUGCUUGAUUGUUAUAAGGAACACUUGUCCUUGCUACCUGCAAGAUAUAGCCAUCAAAACCAAGUUGGUGCAUCUUUUACUUGAGCUUCAUGAUGAUCCUGGUCAAGUCGGAGACGAAGCCUCCUUUGCCUUUUCUAGUUUAAUAGCUGGAAGGGAGGAUCUUCAAAAACUAGCAUUUGAGGCUAAUGCCAUUGAUAAACUGUACAACCACUUGCAGAAAGGUGCACUACAUCCCAAACGUGUUGAAGGCAUAUUGUUGGCAUUGGCUGAUCUAUGCUCAAAGUUGGAUAGCUGCAGGUUUAAGUUCCUUACACUGAAGGCAUUGAACUUGGUAAUAGAUGGGCUAACUCAAGAUAGUUCUGCUGUACGUGCUGCAGCUUGCAUUUGCUUAAAAAGUGUCUCUCGAUCAAUCAAGAGUUUGUGUGCAGGAGAUUUCAUGGAUGAAACAAUUGUAUUUCCCUUGGUUCAACUUUUACAGGAUCCUUCUACUUCUGUCCAGGUUGCAGCUCUCAGUGCUAUUGGCAACAUUGUUCUUGAUUUUACCAAACGUAGGUCCAUUUUCAUACGAUGUGGAGGUGCAACACAACUAGUUCAGUUAUCAAAAUCAAUGGAUUCAGCUUUGAGAUUAAAUGCCUUGUGGGCCUUAAGAAACUUGAUGUUUCUUGCGGAUACCACAUGUAAGGAAAGCAUAUUUGGAGAACUUGAAGCUUCCUCAUUGGCAAGCCUUGUCUGUGAUUCUGAGCCUGUAGUCCAGGAGCAAGCUCUGGCACUUGUCCGAAAUCUUAUUGAUGGAUGUGCGAACUGUAUUGAGUUCGUAUUUGCUGAAGACGGUAUUAUUUUACAUGCCGUUGGAAGGAAAUUGCAGAGUGUUCCUAAAGUUGAAAUUGCUAUACAGGGAAUGUAUUUGCUCUGCAAUGUUGCAAGUGGGAACGAAUUUCACAAGGAUGCCGUAAUGAACCAACUUGUUAAACAAACAGACAAUGGGGUGGUGCAAUCUUUUAUGAUUGAGUUUUUGCAGAGCAGCGACAGUCGAUUACGUACAGCUGCUGUCUGGACCAUAAUAAAUCUCACUUUUCCAUCAGUUCCCGGUGCAUCUGAUCGUGCAUCAAAACUAAGAAAUGCUGGCAUAUUUUCUCAAGUAAAGAGCAUGGUCAAUGAUCCUUGCCCAGAAGUAAAGCUUCGCAUAAGAACAGCACUUGGGCAAUUUACGACUUCUGGUGAUGGUUCAACAUGAUGCCCUUUCCCCCCCAAUCCGUAGGGGACCCAACGAAGUUAAACAACCAUUUGUUGCAGCUUGGUGUAUCUUAUGCUCUGGUUCUUUUUGAAUGGAGUUUCAGCCUUCCCGGCUGUGGCUUGCCAGUGCAUGGUAUGCUUCAAUCAACGUUUACAUGACAUGUUUAUCGUCGUAAGGGCAAAAUAUUAUUUUUUGUAUAUUGUUCAAAGAAAUUAUAUCAUAUGUGAUUGAGGGUUGCCUUAGCAGUUAGAUGUCAUUUAUAAUAGGGCAAAUGUUCAUGUAGUAAAUUUUUGUCUUCGAUCCACCCGACAAACAACGAGUGUAAACGGAAGCUUUCAAACAAAGCUGGCUGUCAAUUUUACUUA